AUGUCUUUAUCCGCUUCUCAAGCUCUCGCUCAUUUAAAGACUUACUCCAAGAAGGACGGUUUGAGUGUAAGACAACUUAUUGACUCUUCCAACUUUGGUGGUUUAACAUACAAUGAUUUCUUGAUUUUGCCAGGUUUCAUUAACUUCCCAUCUUCUGCUGUUUCCCUUGAUGUCAACUUAACCAAAAAGAUCACUUUAAAGUCUCCAUUCGUUUCCUCUCCUAUGGAUACCGUUACUGAAGAGAAUAUGGCAAUUCACAUGGCACUUUUGGGUGGUAUUGGUAUUAUUCACCACAACUGUAGCCCAGAUGAACAAGCUGAAAUGGUUAGAAAAGUUAAGAAGUACGAAAACGGUUUUAUCAAUGACCCGGUUGUCAUUUCUCCAGAUGUCACCGUUGGUGAAGUUAAGGCAUUCAAGUCUCAACUUGGUUUCACAAGUUUCCCAGUUACUGACAACGGUAAAGUUGGUGGUAAAUUAGUUGGUAUUGUCACAUCGCGUGAUGUUCAAUUCCACGAUGAUAACAGCUCAAAGGUCUCUGAAGUUAUGACCACUACUUUGACUACCGGUAAGGAAGGUAUCAGUUUGACUGAAGGUAACGAAUUAUUAAGAUCCUCUAAGAAGGGUAAGUUACCUAUUGUUGAUAAUGAUGGAAAAUUGGUUUCUUUAAUCUCUUUGACUGAUUUGCAAAAGAAUCAAGAAUACCCAAAUGCUUCUAAGUCAUUCCACUCCAAGCAAUUGCUUUGUGGUGCUUCCAUUGGUACUAUGCCAGCUGACAGAGAAAGAUUACAAAAGUUGGUUGACGCCGGUUUAGAUGUUGUCGUUGUCGACUCUUCUAAUGGAUCCUCUAUUUUCCAAGUUGAUAUUCUCAAAUGGAUUAAGGAAACCUUCCCAGAAUUACAAGUCAUUGCUGGUAACGUUGUUACCAGAGAACAAGCUGCUCUCUUAAUUGAUGCUGGUGCCGAUGGUUUGAGAAUCGGUAUGGGUUCUGGUUCUAUCUGUAUCACCCAAGAAGUUAUGGCUUGUGGUAGACCUCAAGGUACUGCUGUAUUCAAUGUUGCUGAAUUUGCCAAUCAAUUUGGUGUUCCAUGUAUCGCUGAUGGUGGUAUUGGUAACAUUGGUCACAUUACCAAGGCUUUAGCUUUAGGUGCCUCAUGUGUCAUGAUGGGUGGUCUUUUAGCUGGUACUUCUGAAACUCCAGGUGACUACUACUACCGUGAUGGUAAGAGAUUGAAGACUUACAGAGGUAUGGGUUCUGUUGACGCUAAGGAACAAACCACUAGCAAUGCCAACGCCUCCACCUCAAGGUACUUCUCUGAAUCUGACAAGGUUUUCGUCGCCCAAGGUGUCUCCGGUUCAGUUGUUGACAAGGGUUCAAUCAGCAAGUUCGUCCCAUACUUGUUCAACGGUUUACAACACUCUUUGCAAGAUAUUGGUGCUCAAUCUAUUGACGAGUUAAAGGCAAAGGUUAUUUCUGAAGACAUUAGAUUUGAAUUCAGAACUGCUUCUGCUCAAUUAGAAGGUGGUAUCACUGGUUUACACUCUUACGAAAAGAGAUUACACAACUAA